CGAAUAACAUCCUUCCUCUCACCACCAUGGCCUCGCGUUGUCUGGCUCUUGCCCCAAAAUUUGCUCAGCGUUCAGGCGCACGAUUUCUAUCGACAUCUAGAGUGCUACGGGAAGAGGCAUCCACUUCACCCAACCUAGGGACGGUGCAGCCGCGGAAGAGACCGGUCGGGGGCUUUCGGGGAGGAAUAAUCGGGUUUUUGUUUGGAUUCUCGCUAGCUUCCGCGUUUGCUGCGUACCAUCUUUUAGACGAGUAUAAACUCGCUUCUGCGGCGCUGCAGGCCAGCGUGCAGGAACUACAAGCAAGCACAGAAAAGGUGUCUGCACACGUCCGUCGUAUCGAAGCAGUGGAGAAGGACUUGAAGGCGCUUUCUCAGAGCUCCGCAAGUAAAGACGACCUCUCAAGGGUUCGUGCAGAGCUCAAGAAAGUGUACGAUGGAUUGCACAUCGAAUUCCUUGAUUUGAGAUCACAUGUGUGGGGCAUGCAACAAGAUUUGCAUUCGUUAGCCAAGAAAGACGCCACGUCUGUUCGCGUAUAGAGUUGUCAUACUUACCUAUAGAACUCAUUGGAAACCUCCCUCCAACAACGGCUUGAAAUUAUCUUGACGGAUAUAGAAGUCAACUCCAUGACCCUAUACGAUUUUCUCAUAAUGAAAGCCACAGCGAGGAGCAUCCCCAAUUUCCCUCUGAUGCUUAACUUAUUGCUCUAAAGUUUGAAACAGAAUAAGUCAGAGGAAACUGCUUUACGAUAAUAAAAAGGCCUUCAUCUUUUUUUUUUGGCAUAACCGGUGUCAAAUUUGUGCCCGCCAAGUGGUAGUUCAUUCUGCACUUCGCCUUCAAUGCAUCAUAAUCCUCCCCCUU